AUGAGCGUGGACUGUUCAAGCAAUGCCAGCUGCCCUGCCCACAGCAUGGAGGACGAGCUGCCGGUGCAGAUGGAGGGCCACGGGACCCUGAAGCUUGUUUUCACAGUGGUGUCAGCACUGAUGGUGGGCCUGGUCAUGUUCUCCUUUGGAUGCUCGGUGGAGAUUCGGAAGCUGUGGUCACACUUCAGAAGACCCUGGGGCAUUGCGGUGGGGCUGAUUUGCCAGUUUGGGCUCAUGCCUCUGACUGCGUAUCUGCUAGCCCUCAGCUUCUCUCUGAAACCCUUCCAGGCUAUUGCUGUCCUCAUCAUGGGGUGCUGCCCUGGGGGCACCAUCUCGAAUGUUCUGACCUUCUGGGUUGAUGGAGAUAUGGAUCUCAGCAUCAGCAUGACGACCUGCUCCACAGUGGCUGCCCUGGGGAUGAUGCCCCUCUGCCUCUACCUCUACACCUGGUCCUGGGACCUAAAGCAGAAUCUCACCAUUCCAUACCAGAGCAUAGGAAUUACCCUCGGGUCUCUGAUUGUUCCAGUGGCUUUCGGCAUCUUUGUGAAUUACAGGUGGCCAAAGCAAGCGAAAGUCAUUCUUAAGGUCGGGGCCAUUGCGAGUGGCAUCCUCCUUCUGGUGGUGGCAGUCAUUGGUGUGGUCCUGGCCAAGGGAUGGAAUAUGGACGUCACUCUUCUGCUCAUCAGCUUCAUUUUUCCUUUGGUCGGCCACGUCACGGGCUUCCUGCUGGCAUUCCUCACCCACCAGUCUUGGCAAAGGUGCAGGACGAUUUCCAUAGAGACCGGAGCACAGAACAUCCAGCUGUGCAUCGCCAUGCUGCAGCUGUCCUUCGCUGCCGAGCACCUGGCCCAGCUGUUUAACUUUGCCUUGGCCUACGGACUCUUCCAAGUGCUGCUGGGGUUCCUCAUUGUUGCAGCAUAUCAGGCAUACAAAAGGAGGCAGAAGAGCAAGCUCAGGAGGCAGCACCCUGGUUGCCCGGAGGUCAGCUACGAGAAGCCCAGAGAGACCAGUGUUUUUCUGGAGGAAGGUGAUGAAGUCACUGUAACUCUGGGGCCACUGGGACCAGAGCAGCAGCAUAGGGCUGCUGAGUAAUCAGCCACAUUCCUUCAGGGGAAUAGGGCCAGCUUGGCCCUCCAUCUUCUUUCAUGGCCAGUAAAGACCAUGUGAUGUGUGAACGUCGCUGAAGGGACUGUGAGAACAAACAGCAAACGAUUGACUUCUUAGGUUCUUCCGUCCCUGUCUGUCUCCUGUGGGACAGCGAGUGGUGUCUGGCAGUCAGCAGGCAUCUCCGGACGAAGCUGGCCUCCGCUGUGGAUUUUAACCGAAGAGAGAGAACACCGGUGUAGCGGAGACUCACAUUGCAGGACGGAGCCGGUCCAGAUCCACUGAUUUCUUGGCUGUGAGCAGGUGCUCUGAAGUGCUUAGGGAAGAGACACUCAGAGAAAAUAAGCUUCAAGGACAUGAGUUUUAGGGGAUCAAGCAUCUUGUAAUUUUGAUACGUGUAUGAUGCAAGCUUAGAGACACUCUAAAGGAAACAUGGGAAGAAUCUAAAAAGUGAAUAUCUGGGUUAGUUCUUUCUCCAAAGAGGAACAGACAUGUGCCCGGAACCUCCAAAACAGAC